AUGGAGAUCCCGAUCAUCAUCCUGACACUGGCAUCCACGGCCUGGUCAGCGAGCCCACUAUGCUACUGGCCGAACGGAGACGUCGCCAUCGGCCAGUUCCCGUGUGGCACCGGCGGCCACUCGACGUGUUGCGCGACGGGCUACGCGUGCCUCAACAACCACAUGUGCCUGGCGGUGACGGACGAAGCCUUGAUAAAAGGGCCGCUGUACGCGCGAGGCGCUUGCACGGAUUCCUUCUGGGAGAGCUCCAACUGCCCGAGCUUUUGCAGGGCGACUGGCUACGAUGUUUUGAACGGGCAGCAGGUCAUGCACAGGUGUGACAACAACGACUUGCUCUUUUACUGCGAGUCGCGGUCGAAGCCCGACUGCCAGCACACUCAGCGGGUGAUUGUCUAUUCGACGACGCCCACUCCUCAAACGACCAUCACGGCGACCGCGCAGAACCUCGGGGUGACUGGCCUGGGGACGUCAACUGGGACCCCGGCAAGCGCAACGCCAACGACGUCGAAUCCCGUGGCCAGUGAUUCGUCGAGCAGCAACGGCGCGAAAAUCGGCAUAGGGGUUGGCGUCACACUUGGUGUUCUAGGGCUCAUCGCUGGCCUCGCGGCCCUCUUCAUCAUGAAGCGGCGUCGGGGCCGCGGACCAAAUGGCGGGUCCCAGCAGAAUAUCCCGGUGCAGGAGCUGCCGGCCGACCCUAUAUUGCCGCCGGCCUCCAUGACCGCCUCGCCGCCUCCUUCGAGCCCUCCUCCGGUGUUUUGGCCGAGCGACUGCAAGACGCCGUACACGCCCUCGUCGAUUACGACCGCAGAGCCUUGGUCGCCGAACAGGCAGGAACUUCCGGGGCACUGA